GUAGCUGUAGGACUCGCCGUGGUUUGUUUUGUUUGUGCCGCUGCUUGUGAAAGAACUGUCUGCUUGUGCAGCCUUUGAACACGGUGUUACAUAGGACUUCAUGUGUCCAUUUAAUUUGCCCACUGCAGGGACGGUGCAGGCACGAAAGAUUUGUGAUUUAGCUGAGAGAGAGACGGUUGGCCCUUAAUUUCACGUUUCGAGACAUGGCCACUUCAGUGGCUACCGCUGCUCGGCCUCAUCGGAAAAUCAACAGAGUCGGUUCCAUCUAUGAACCACUGAAGCUGUCCAUUCUCCAGCGUGAGGAUGAGCCCCUGUGGGAGAAGCUGGACCGCUACUACAAUGCAGUCAAGACCACCAUUUUGAACUACCAGAGUCCCACCACAGGCCUGUUCCCAGUCAAAACAUGCUCCAACUGCAAGGAGGCCAAAGUCCGGGACUCUCUGUACUGUGCUGCUGCUGCCUGGGCUCUGUCUAUGGCCUACCGACGCAUCGACGACGACAUGGGGCGUACUCAUGAACUGGAGCAUUCUGCCAUCAAGUGCAUGAGAGGCAUCCUCUACUGCUACAUGAGGCAGGCUGACAAGGUGGAGGAGUUCAAACAGGACCCCAGCCCCUCCAAGUGUCUGCACUCAGUGUUCAACGUGGAAACCGGGGACGAGGUUCACUCCUACAACGACUACCACCACCUGCAGAUUGAUGCUGUUUCUCUGUUCCUGCUGUACCUGGUGGAGAUGAUCUGCUCUGGUCUGCAGAUCAUUUACAACACUGAUGAGGUUUCCUUCAUCCAGAACUUGGUUUUCUGCGUGGAGAGAGCCUACAGGGUGCCUGACUACGGCAUGUGGGAGAGAGGAAGCAAAUACAACAACGGCAGCACGGAGUUGCAUUCCAGCUCCGUUGGCCUGGCUAAAGCUGCUCUGGAGGCCAUCAAUGGAUUCAACCUGUUUGGAAACCAGGGCUGUUCGUGGUCGGUGAUAUUUGUGGAUCUGGACGCCCACAACAGGAACAGACAAACGCUGUGCUCCCUGCUGCCCCGAGAGUCUCGCUCACAUAACACAGAUGCAGCCUUGCUUCCGACCAUCAGCUAUCCUGCCUUUGCAGUUGAUGAUGAUGCCCUCUACAGUCAGACACUGGACAAGAUAGUGCGCAAACUACGAGGCAAAUAUGGCUUCAAGCGAUUUCUCCGAGAUGGCUACCGCACAGCUAACGAAGACAAGAAUCGAAGAUACUACAAACCUGCUGAAAUGAAGCUUUUUGAUGGAAUCGAGUGCGAGUUUCCAAUAUUUUUCAUCUACAUGAUGAUUGACGGAGUGUUUAGAGGAAACAAAGCUCAGGUCAAAGAAUACCAGGAACUGCUUGAACCCAUUAUCUUCCAGUCUUACGAGGGCCACGCUGUGAUCCCCAAGUAUUACUACGUACCGGCUGACUUUGUGGAGGCGGAGCAGAACAAGCAUGGAAGCCAGAAGCGUUUCCCUAGCAACUCAGGCCGUGACGGGAAUCUCUUCCUGUGUGGUCAGGCUCUGUUCAACAUCGCCAAGCUGCUGGUGGAUGAGCUGAUCAGCCCUAAAGACAUUGAUCCCGUCCAUCGCUACGUGCCCCGCCAGGAUCAACGCAACGUCAGCAUGAGAUACUCCAAUCAGGGUCCCAUUGAGAAUGAUGUUGUGAUUCACGUGGCCCUGAUAGCAGAGAGCCAGAGAUUGCAGGUGUUUUUAAACACCUAUGGCAUUCAGACCCAGACGCCCCAGCAGGUGGAGCCUAUCCAGAUCUGGCCUCAGAAGGAACUGGUCAAGGCAUACCGUUUCCUUGCCAUCAAUAAGAAACUGGGAUUGAGUGGGCGUCCAGAGAGGCCAGUUGGCUGCAUUGGGACCUGCAAGAUUUAUCGUAUCCUGGGCAAGACGGUGGUGUGCUACCCAAUAGUGUUUGAUCUAAGUGACUUCUACUUGUCCCAAGAUGUUAUGCUGCUGAUUGAUGACAUUAAGAACGCCCUGCAGUUCAUCAAACAGUGCUGGAAGAUGCAGGGACGUCCUCUCUUCCUGGUUCUCAUCCGUGAGGAUAACAUAAAGGGGAGCCGCUUCAACCCAGUCCUGGACAUGCUGGCCUCGUUCAAGAAAGGCAACAUCGGAGGGGUCAAAGUUCACGUGGACAGACUUCAGACCCUGAUAUCUGGAGCCGUGGUGGAGCAGCUGGACUUCCUGCGUGUCAAUGAAGCUGAGAUCCCAGAGUUUAAAAGCUUCGAGGAGCUGGAGCUGCCAAAGCACUCUAAGGUGAAGAGACAGACAAGUACACCCAACGCCUCGGACCUGGAGCAGCAGCCGGAGAUCAGCGUGGAGGAGUGGCUGCACAAGCCGACCCCCGAAAUCAUCCAGAAGUUCCAUGAUUCUGGCUGCCUGGCCAGUCAGGCUCAGCUUGCAAGCAUCCUCCUCAGGAGAGAAGGUCCCGACUUUCUCGCCAAAGAUGAGAACCUGAUGGAUGAACUGGAGGGAAUCUACAGGAGAGCUGGCAGCAGAAAGCUUUGGUCUGUUGUCCGUCUUGCUGCCAGUCUGUUAACUAAGCUAGUGGACAGCCUUGCACCCAGUAUUACUAGUGUUUUAGUGCAUGGCAAGCAGGUGACCCUUGGUUUAUUCGGGCAAGAAGAGGAGGUGAUCUCGAACCCGCUGUCUCCAGGAGUGAUCCAGGGCAUCAUCUACAGCAAGUGCUCACCUCACGGCGGGGAGCGGGAGGCCGUUCUGCAGCAGGAGCUGGUCAUCCACAUCGGAUGGAUCAUCUCUAACAACCCAGAACUGUUCAGCGGCAUGCUCAAAAUCAGAGUCGGAUGGAUUGUCCAGGCCAUGAAACAUGAGCUGAAGAUCCGUGCGGGAGACAUGCCAGCCCAGGACAUCCACCAACUGUCUCCAAGUGACAUCAAGCAGCUCCUGCUGGACGUCCUGCAGCCACAGCACACGGGCAGGUCUUGGCUGAACAAGCGUCAGAUUGACGGCUCUCUGAACAGGACCCCUCUGGGUUUUUAUGACCGUGUGUGGCAGAUCCUGGAGAGGACCCCCAACGGGAUCCUGGUGGCUGGGACUCACCUACCACAGCAACCUACGCUGUCUGACAUGACCAUGUAUGAGAUGAACUUUUCCCUGCUGGUGGAGGACACUGUGAAGAACAUCGUCCUGCCUGAGUACAGACAAAUCAUAGUAGAGUUACUGAUGGUGGUGUCCAUUGUGCUGGAGAGAAACCCGGAGCUGGAGUUCAGCGAUAGGGUGGAUCUGGAUGGUCUGGUGAAGGAAGCCUUUAAUGACUUUCAGAGGGAAGGCACGGAGAAACAGGAUGACAUGCAGUCGUUCUACAACACCCCAUCGGUGGGGAAGAGAGGCACCUCCAGCUACCUGACCAAGGCUGUAAUGAUCCAGCUGCUGCAGGGGGAUGUGAAACCCUGCAAGGACGACCCGUGCUCCGUUAGCUAGAUUUACAACACUUGACCCCUGACCUGAGCCUGCUGCAGCAUAGUCAUCACACAGUCCUGAGAGGUCUGCUGCAGAGUAUCCAUCACAUACAUCCACAAGAUAACCUCUAACCUCUCCAGCCCCCCCUCUGGCGUGAAUCUUCCCACUUCUGUUAACCAUAUUCCUCCUAAACAUGAGUAGAAAUUGUAAGCAGCAGCUGCAGUUUGCACCAGAGGUUAAAAUGAUGUUGAAUAUAAAAACUCACAGCAUCACCACGGUCUUGUUUCUAUACACAUUAUUCUUUUGUCAGUUCAGCGUCCUACUGUAGCUAUUGCUGUGUGUUCAAAUUUACAUUUUAGUGGACUUCUCUUGAGUUGUUCAAAAGCUGUUACGUAGCGUAGCAGCUACCAUUAUUGGCUUUUCGCAUCAAAUGCCUCAAGCUAGCUAACGUGUGUUCAUGACUGUGUGUGACUGAUGUCGUCUUCAUCCACCAGUUAGAUGUAUGUGAUCUGUUUCAUCAGCUCAGUUUGGCUUCUUAUUGAACUCAGACCUGAGAGAGUGUCAGUCAAUCAAUCAGCAUUUGAUUUUUGUCCUUGAUUAGAAACAAUUACAAAUAUUCUGUAUCCUGGUUUUCAGGUAUUUAAGAAUAAUGUCUAAAGAACUUAGCUCCAUGAAUCGACUUCUUAUGGCAUUUCACGCUAACGGCCUUUACCUGUUCUGUUGCAAUGCUACGAUAUGAGAAAGCUGUUCUCAAAUGGGACACCGGCUGCAGAAAUGCUUCACAUCUCAAAAUAAACAAAAGUGGUGAAGUCUGCCAGUAAAUCAUGUCUAUGAUCCAUCAUUUUACAAAUGUUACCCGACUGCAUCAAGCUGUAGUCAACCUCAUUAUGACUACCUGUGGGAAACACUGCCAACAUCUUAUUCUACUAAAAAAAACAAGUACACGUCAAAGUUUGUUGUUUGAUUUAUACUGUGUUCUCUGUCUGUGUGCAUGCAGUCUGCUGCAUGACAGAACUGUUUUUAAAACCAUAAUGGCUGUUUCUCUGAAUGUUAUUGGCAACGCAAUCAUUUUUGAGCCUCUUGUUUCACACAGCAGGGCUCUGCAUGACAAUGUGAAGUGAACGUUAGAACAUGCUGUUAUUGUGAAUGUGUGCAACAGAAGAGGUAGGUCAGAUAGAAAUGUUAAAAAAAACUCACUUAUUAUUUUAAUGUGUGCCUCUCUGAAUAUGAUCACUGUGAUGUAUCUGCCCUAACCUGUGUGUGUGUGUGUGUGUGUGUGUGUGUGUGUGAGAGAGUGUGUGUGAGCGUGUGUCUGUCGUUUAAUGUCGUCUUCAGAAGAAGUAUUUUUAAUUCAAACUGUAGUUUCAAAGAAUAAAUAUAUCCACUUUGAAA